AUGACGGCCAAACUACGGCAGCAUUCCUUAUCCAAUGUAAGUUGAGGUUAAAGAGAUAAUAAAAAUUGUUGAAUUAAUUUAAGUUAAGGUGCUAAUUUAAUAUAUUUUACGUUUUACUAAAAAUUGGAAGUUAAAACACAAAUUUUUAGUUGGUACACGAUUGUAAUGUAAAUUUGGCCAGCUUCCGAAGUGUUAUACAAGGCAUAGGAACUCCGUCAGACAGUGCAAAUCUUAGAAAAGAGGUAGAUACCUGUAUAAAGACAUGUAUGAAAACAUACGAAGCUACGAAAAGUUGUGUAUUACCUCAACUCAAACACGAAGGUAAGUAAACAUGUUCGUAUCUUGUAGCUUUAGGCACGGAAUUCAACAAAUACGCGUCUCAAUUCAUCGGAUGCGUGUCUGCUUGCGUAGUGGAGCUGAAGCGGUGUGAAGCCUUGGAGAAGUCGUUCCCUCAAGCUGACGGUCCUAGCUCACCACUAGCCACACCUUACAUACCAGAGUUAGAAGAGAUAUUAGAAAGUCUUGAGAACUUGAUCACCGUGCAUUAUUCUACCAGUGAAUCCUCCCCCGACACCAAAGUAACGCCCCGGAGGCGGAGAGGUGGUACCUGCAGACCUCAAUGUAUGUGUUCCAAGCUGAAGACGAGUUACGCUUAA